AAAGUUCGUCCUUUAUGUAUGUCUAAUAUAUCAAAUUAUGUCCUUUAUCUUUAAUAACAUCAGAAAACAUACUUAAUGUUUGAGAAACCAAUCAGGUUAUGUCCUUUACCCUAAACCUAGUUUGUUUUACCAGUUAAAUCAGGUCAUGUGACAAGCACAUGAGGGCAUUUAUGUCAUUCUACCUACCACCUACUAAUUGCAGUCAUAUCUCCAAAAAACCCUAAACCCCAAUUUCACCCACCAUCGUUCCCCCAAUUGCUCAACUCGCCCCUUAGGUUUCUUCACAGAUUUGAUCGACGAUUUCCACGAAGAAUCAGAACCAUGUCUCAAUCGGAGACUUGGUACAUACGAGAAGGAGUUGAUCAUGAUGAAGUGAUGCAGCUAUACGAAGGAUUCCCUAAUCUUUUCUCUUUUCGGAUUCAUCAUGGUGGUAAGUUAACACAUCCUCCUGGUCGCACUUAUGUUGGAGGUAGGAUUAACUACGUUGACCUAAUUGAUAUCGAUUUGUUCUCUGUCCAUGAGGUGUCCUUAAUGAUUAAUGAGUUAGGUUAUUCUGUGAAUGAUCAUAUAAUAUACCAUUACCUUAACCCUAAAAAAGAUAUGGAUAAUGGUAUUGAGGAGUUAGGCACUGACAGUGAUGUUUUAAGGUUCUCUGCACAUGUUGAAGAGCAUAAGCUAAUUGAGUUGUAUACCACGCAUGGGUUAAGUAACAUAAAGGAGUAUUUCAACCCACCAGUAAAACCUCUGAACCCUCUUACUAUAGAAGAGAUAGAUGAUCCUGGGCCUUAUGCUCUUGUCCCAGCAUCAACAGUCUUUAAAAGUGUAGACAAACAUUUUAGUGAGGAUGGACAAUCAAGUGUGUUGGGGCAGUCAAGCAGUGUAGGUCAAUCAGGUGUGUUUGGACAAUCAGAUGUAGGUGGACAGUCAAGUAGUGUGCUGGAAGAAGCUGAUAUUGGUGACUUUGAUUUCGAUGAUUUCCUGGAGGAUAAUGUGCAUGAUCAGCAUGAACAGGAACAUCAAGAACAUCAAGAUAAUGUGCAUGAACAGGAACAUCAAGAACAUCAAGAUAAUGUGCAACAUCAGGAAGAUGAAGUUGGCCAGGAUAAUGUACAAGAUCAGGAGGUUUCCCAGGAUAGUGUGCAUGAUCAGGAAGAAGAGGAUCAAGAAGAUGAAGGUAGUGAAGAGAAUGAUAGUGAUAGUGAUUUUAUUGUAGAUGAGGAUAAUGCCAUGGUAGAUCCUGAUGUUGAUAUGACAGAUUAUAGGUUGAACAUUGAUUUAGAAAUAGAAGAUAAUAUGGCAGGCAAUCAUCAAGAUAUAGAUUUGGGAGAUGAAGUGUUAGACAAUGAUAAGUUUUCAAGUGGCUCAGAUUCUGAUGAUGUUGAGACUAGCCUUAGGAGACACCACCUAAGAGGACAUGUUCUUGCAGAGCUUGGGAGAUCACAGGAAUGCCAUGUAGGCAUGCUGUUGCAGCAAUAUGGAACAUGGCUACUAAUGGUAGAAGGGUGGGUUCAUUAG